GGCUUUCUUGUUACACGUUAAGCUAAGAUGGGCCGUGUGUACGCAUAUCCUGUUUGUAUCACGUUUUCUACUUUAACCUGGUCGCGUUAAUAUCAAUAUUGUUGUUGUGUUGCAAUGGCCUACUACUAGUGAAUCGGGAAAUUUAUAGGAUUAUUAAACGUUUUUGAGACGACCGAUUGGGAUACUAAUUCAGCGCAAAAUGAGUUGAAUAGUCCGGCGAAGAUCACGAGACAGCAAAUUAGUUCGUGAAAAUUGUUUAACUCGGCUUCAAUUCCAGGAAUUGACUGAGCCUCUCUCGGACUAUGGCCAGUCCCGGAUUCGAACUUCCGACCUUCCCGACACGGACCGACCCGCAGGCGCCGGUCGCUGGGGACGGCACGCGAUCAGAAGCCAAACUAGCUGAAAACUCUCCUAUUCAUUCCAUCAGCUCAGAUGGAUCCUCUGAUAAAACAGUGUGUUGUAAAUGUCUUCCAUCAGACUUCUUUAAAAUUGACCGAGUAUUACUGAAGUUCAAAGCAUUUUAUUUUUUCUUCGCCGCGGCUAUCGGCUGUGUAUUUCCGUAUUUUUCUGUCUACUUCAAACAACUCGGCUUCAGUCCGAACCAGAUAGGGAUCGUCGCAGGCGUUAGGCCGAUUAUCGGCUUUUGCAGCGGCUCAAUUUUGGGCUCAAUCGCCGACAGGUUUCGCAUCCGGCGGAUCAUGCUGUCCUGCAGCGCCGUUGGCUGGCUGUUAUUCAUCACGAGUAUAGGCUUCGUGCCGACGGCAAAACAUUCAGACGCGCAGUGUCUAUACGUGGCCGAAUUGCUGUCUUCGAACAGAUCAAAUAUCUCAACGUCAAUAUAUCAGAACGCUACUAAUACAAAUCUCAGGGAACAUUUUUUUGAAAUGCAUAAAUCGAAGCCGCAUUUCAAACCGGAAGGCAGUCUGCAGGAGUCACGUGGCUGGGUGUAUGACGUCACAGAUCUCCAGAAUACCUUCGUCACCAUAAUGGUGCUCGUGAUACUCGGUGAACUCGUGCAGUCGCCGACGGGCGCCCUGGCGGACUCCGGAUGCAUAGAGCAACUGGGCGGCGACGGCAUUGACAAAUACGGUCGCCAGCGCGCCUUCGGAUCGCUCGGUCUCGGUAUAUUUUCGCUGCUGGCGGGAGGGCUGGUUAGCCUGACGCGCCGACAGGAGUCCGUGUGCAACUUCCGGUUAGUGUUCAGCGAUUAUCGGAUCGCCUUCUACCUGUUCGCGGGAUGCAUGGCGUGCUGUUUCAUCUGUACGCUGUUCUUUAAAUUCCAGAAGCAGACAGAGGACCAGCGGAAGUCACGACCUCGCCCGAACCCCCUGCGCGUGUUCCGGAUGUUCCUGACCCUGCACUAUGGGUCCUGGCUCUUCUGUAUGCUCUUUACGGGUGUCUGCAACGGUGUCAUCUGGGGCUUCCUGUUCUGGCAUCUGGAGAACAUAGGUGCCACGCAGAUAUUGCUGGGAGUAGCGAACGGCGUGAGUCUCUUCUCCGAGAUGUGCAUGUUCCUGGUCGUGUUCCGUAUCCUGCAGCGGACCGGAUGUCUGCCGUUCAUGACAGUGGGGCUGCUGGGGUAUGCGGUGCGUUUCGUAGUGUUCGCCUCGAUCGACAAUCCUUGGGUGGUCCUGCCGUUCGAGAUUUUGCAAGGAUUCACUUUUGCCGGUGUGUGGUCCGUGUACGUAAAGUAUCUCUGCAAGAGCGUCCCCAGCGAGUACCUGGGGACCCUACAAGGGUUCCUGCACGGGGUCUACUGGGGCCUAGGUGCUGGCUCGGGUCACAUGAUAGGGGGUAUCUUGGUGCAGACCCUAGGCGCCCGCAUGACCUUCUGGAUCUUUGCCGCAGGGUCUUUUGUCAACAUGGUGCUGUUUCUUAUCAUACAAAAGUUCACGGUUCGCCCCAAUAUAUUUGGUCACUACGAAGAACUAGAUGAGGCGAAGUGACAACGCAGCACCGCGUGACACCACGUGGCACCACGUGAUAGAGUGUCAAACCACGUGACACAAUGUGAUACAAUGUGAUAUUUUGUUACAACACAUGACACUAUGAGACACCACCUGGUGCCAAGUGCCACAAAAAGAUACCAUGUUACACAAAGCGGCCCCAAGUGUAAUCACGUGGCAUCAUGUGAUACCAUAUGACACCAAAUGACAGAACAUGAUACCAUGUGACACAGCAUAUGUGACUUCUCUGGAACCCAUGUUACGCGGGACAUAUGCUCUGGACAGAACUAGUUACAACGAACUUGGAUACAUUAUCAGCGUGACUAGAAUUGUUUCGUAGAAAACGCCAACUUACGUAACCAAAGUCAAUAUACACAUGUACAUAUCAAACAUACAUCAAAUGAAAACUUUCAACUAAGAAAUGUGUGCUCACGUGUUUUCAACUUGUUUUUUUGUUUGAAAAAGUUUGGGCAUAUUAUACGUCUGCAUUUCGCUUUUAAUUUAUUCUUACUCCUGUGCGCCAUUCAUCGGUGCAAACACAUACUAUUUUCUUGUUUUGUUUACAGUUUUGCUAUAUCAAAGCUUAUAUUGUACUUUAUUUUUAUCCAUUUUGAAAUUGAAUAUUUUACUGUGCUGUUUUAAAUAUAAGUGUGUUGAAUGGUACGCGUCUUGUGGUCAAGAAAUGCCCGUCGUCACCCGCUGUUCUCUUACCUCGUCAUGAAUCAAAUCGCCUUUUUGAGAAAAAUAGGCUUAAUGCAUGGGCGUUAAGUGUCUUUCCAGAUAGGCCCGUGUAUUUCACAAAGACGACAUUUACCCUGUAAACUGAAUUUUCGUUUAGAUGAGACUUCCAUCAAACUUAAACUUUCAUAAAAGCCGAAAGUGUCGUCCCUGAUUAGUAUGUUGGGACUUCACAGGCUUUUCUACGACGACAAUAUGAGCCACGCUCUGAGAAAACUGGGCAUAAUGCUUGUGCGUAAAGUGUCGUCCCAGAUUAGCCUGUGCAGUCCGCACAGGAAAAUCAGGGACGACACUUUCCGCUUUAUGACAUUUUUCGUUUAAAUGAAGUCUCUUCUUAGCAAAAAUCCAAUGUAGGCGGAGAGUGUCGUCCCUGAUUAGCCUGUGCGGACUGCACAGGCUAAUCUGGGACGACACUUUACGCACAUGCAUUAUGCCCAGUUUUCUCAGAACACGACUGAUGUGCGCGCUUGAAUGAAGCGCAGUUCUUCAAGAACAGUGCGCAAUGUAAUUCGAAUAGUAUUCUACUUCACACUUUUUGGGGAUGCUCGUUAACCAAAACAUUAAAACUAGUUCGAUGAUUCCCUUGAUUAUGCUACAGGACAAGAACGCUGGUCUGACAGAGCUUAAUUGAUGUCAUCUUGUCUUCAACAACUUGCUAAAUUUACAAUUGCUGUCACACUUAUUUUAUUAAGUAGUUUUUAUUAACUGUUUAUUGUUAUUUUGAUUCCUUGAAAUCAUUACUGCUCGUUGUAGGGUUUUCUUAGAAGAGAAAUCUUCGUUUAUCGUUUUCUCUCAAAGUUGGAUUACACUGCCUACUUUAAAGGGGCCUUUUCACGUUUGGGUAAAUUGACAAAAUUGAAAAAAGUUGUUUCAGAUUCGCAAAUUUUCGUUUUAGUUAUGCUAUUUGUAAGGAAACAGUAAUACUGAAUAUUUACCAUGCUAUAAAAUGGCCAUUAUAUGCAUCUUUUGACGAUUUAAAAACCUGAAAAUUAUAAAGCGUUGCACCGCCAAACGAAUUAAUAAUAUGGAGAGUUCUGAUGUUGUCGUUAUAUUUUGUGAAACUACGAGGAUUGCUUAUAUAAAGUAUAAAAUACAUUUGACAUUGUAUCAGUAAG